AUUGUGAGUCGCAAAAGGUUAAAGCAGUGUUUGCUAUCUGUGACUGUGUGUCGUUGUUCAUUGCAGCCCUCAUUUUCAUAUCCCAAACAAUCUUGCAAUCUCCUUGUUCCCUGCGACCAUGGAGUAGUUGAUUACUGUACGGUCUACUCCACUGGAUCGUAAUCUCUGAACAAUUUCCAUUCUUGUUGUACUGCAUUUUACUGUGUCCAAAAUUCGCCUGAAAAUGUUUUCACCUACUUCCACCAACUCGCCUUUAAUGACUCCCGCCGCCGCUGCGGAUGGGUAUCCGGGAACCCGGCCAUCACUGCGCCGACACAGCAUCCGCGACGUCGUGUGGGUUCUCCGGCGAGCCGGCAGUCGCGGGAUGGUGUGGCGGGAGCCGUCGGCGCUGGUGCGCCAGGCUGCGGCGGAGCAGAUGGACGAGCGGCAGAGCGAUUGGGCGUACUCGAAGCCUGUUGUGAUUCUCGACCUCGUUUGGAACUUCGCGUUCGUGCUGAUUGCCGCCGCGGUGCUGGUGUUGAGCAGGGACGAACAGCCGGAAUUGCCGCUCAGGCUUUGGAUUGUAGGGUACGCAUUGCAGUGUGUGCUGCACGCGGUGUCUGUUUCUCUGGAGUAUCGCAAGAGGAGGCGGCGGAGAUGGCAAUCAGCGGAUGAGGCGUUUGGUAGAGGCGGCGAGGGUUUGAACUCUUCCACUGGUUAUGUCACUUUGGCCCAAUUCACUCAGGAGGAAACUAGUACUGUGGCGAAGUAUUUAGAAUCCAUAACAACUAUGUUUUCAUUUGUAUGGUGGAUUAUUGGGUUCUAUUGGGCUUCUGUUGGCGGACAACCAAUGGCGCAAGACUCCCCUCAGUUAUACUGGGCUUCCAUCAUCUUCUUGGCUUUUGAUGUCUUCUUUGUGGUUUUCUGCAUCAUUUUGGCAUGUGUAAUUGGUCUGGGAAUAUGCUGUUGCCUGCCUUGUAUUCUCGCAGUCUUGUAUGCUGUAGCUGAUCAGCUGCAGGAUGGAGCAGACCAAGAAGACAUCGAACAACUCUCCAAAUAUACAUUUACAAGAACCAUUAGUUUCGAGAAUGCUGAUGGCGAGGCACACGGAAGUAUUGCAGGAGUGAUGACCUUAUGUGGGGUGGACGUGGACAUGGCGAUGGCGCACCAGCUAUCAGUGGACGAUGCAGAGUGCUGCAUAUGUCUGUCUGCGUACGAGGAUGGAGCUGAACUUCGACAACUUCCCUGUGGUCACCAUUUUCAUUGUGCUUGUGCGGACAAGUGGCUGCAGAUUAACGCCACAUGUCCCCUUUGCAAGAACAGUAUCAUCAAGGGUAACUACCACAGAAGUGGAGAGGUUUAAGUGGGAGGCAGCUACUCUUUCUUAAUCUUUAUGGUUUCUUGUUCCUUAAUGCUGUUGUGUUUGAAUUGCCCCAAGCAACCUUUUGUUUCACUGUAUCACCGUGUAGAUAUUGAUAUUGUGUUCACCAACUAUAUGUAUGUAUGUAUGUGUAUAUGUGUAUUGGCAUUCAGAACUUGUUGAUCAUAACAUUGUUGUUGUCGUCC